UGGAGUUUGAAGGGUUGAAACAGCUGAGAACACACACGCCAGUGUAUUCUCCAGGAUCUAGCUCCAGCCCAUCUCAGCCUGCUUCUUCUUUCUGUGGCAGGGGCUUUGAAUGAGCCACCGCUCUGCUUGGGAGAGGUGACUGGGACGCUCGCUAAUACCCCCACCAUCACAAACACAGACCCGCUAAAGAUGGCUCUGCCCAUUAACCCCAUUGAGGAGCCACGGAUAUACCACCAGACCCUGCUGCAGGACGGGCUCUGCGACCUGCUGGAGAACAUGAAGUUUGUGGACUGUGUCCUUAAAGUAAAGGACAAGGAGCUUCCGUGCCACAGGCUGGUGCUGGCAGCCUGCAGCUCGUACUUUAAGGACAUGUUCCAGUCGGACUCGGAGGAGUGUAAGAAGAGGGAGGUCGUCCUCGAGGACGUGGAUCCCGGCGUCAUGGCGACGGUGCUGCAGUACAUCUACACCUCUGACAUCAACCUGACAGAGAGCAAUGUCCAGGACAUAUUCAUGGUGGCUAACAUGUUCCAGAUCCCGUCCAUCUUCACCGUGUGCGUCUCCUUCCUUCGCGACCGGCUUGGUUUGACAAACUGCCUGGCCAUCUUCCGGCUGGGGCUGCUGCUGGAGUGCCGCGACCUGGCCGUGGCCGCCCGGGACUACAUCUGCGAGCAUUACCAGGUGCUGGUGCGGGACCAAGACUACCAUCAGCUGGGCCCCAGCGAGCUGGCCGCUAUCAUCACCUCAGACACCCUCAAUGUGGAGAGUGAGGAGGUGGUGUUCGAGUCGGUGCUGCGUUGGGUUGCCCACGACGAGGGCGACCGGGUCAAGGACCUGCCGGACCUCCUGGAGUGUGUCCGCUUCCGCCUCAUGGACCCAAAGUACUUCUCCAACAAGGUGGAGAACCACAAGUGGAUCAAAUCCAGCCAGGAGAUCCAGACCAAGCUGCAGCUGGUCAGGGAUGCCUAUGAGGGGAAGCUUCCAGAAAGAAAAGGGGACAAAAAGUCCACAGCUGAGGAAGGCAAGAAAGAGGGGCGGCAAAAUGACAUGCUUCCAGGCAUCCUCAAUAACAAUCCCCGAUUUGGCACGUUCCUCAAAGACUUGAUGCUCCUGAUCAGCGAAACGGGGACGGUGGCCUACGACCCCGCAGAAAACGAAUGUUACGUGGCGUCUGAGUCCACCCAAAUUCCCAAGAACCACUGCAGUCUGGUCACUAAGGAGAACCAGGUAUUUGUGGCUGGAGGGCUUUUCUACAGUGAGGAGAACAAGGAUGAACCCCUCAACUCCUACUUCUUACAGUUUGAUCCCAUCAACUCGGACUGGCUGGGAAUGCCCUCCCUCCCAACGCCACGGUGUCUCUUCGGAAUGGCCGAGGCGGAAAACUCCAUCUUUGUGGUGGGGGGGAAGGAGCUGAAGGAAGGGGAGCAUGUCAUGGACUCGGUGAUGAUCUACGACAGACACUCUUUCAAAUGGGGGGAGUCGGACCCUCUGCCAUACGCGACGUACGGCCAUGGGACAGUGUCACAUAACGGGCUCGUCUACGUAAUAGGAGGAAAAGGAGAGAGCAAAAAGUGCAUGAGGAGGGUGUGUGUCUACAACCCUAAGAAGUUUGAGUGGAAGGACUUGGCACCGCUGAAACUCGCACGGUCUCUCUUCGGAGUCACUGUGCAUCAGGACAAGAUCUACGUGGCAGCAGGAGUCACAGACGCAGGCCUCACCAGCACUGUGGAAGUGUAUGACAUCAGCAGCAACACGUGGUCAGAGUUCGUAGACUUUCCACAGGAGCGCAGCUCUCUCAAUAUGGUCACUAUGGGCGGAUCCCUGUAUGCUGUGGGCGGGUUCGCCAUGAUGCCCAACGAGGAAAGCGAAGAGCUGGUGCCCACGGAGAUGAACGACAUCUGGAAAUUUGAGGAGGAAGAAAACAGCUGGAAUGGUGUUCUGAGAGAGAUCAGCUUUGCUUCUGGCUCCACCAUUGUGGGCAUGCGUCUCAACAUCCUGCGGCUCACCAAGCUCUAAUCCCCCUGGCGCCGC